AUGGAGGCUCAAGUUGUUCCCGCUCUGCAAAGAGCUGCUGAGAUUGGAACCCUCUACGAUGCAAAGAGAGAUGAGUUCCUCAGCGCUUCACUAUUCCCUCAAGGUCUGCCUUCUAGUCAUGUGUCGACACAGCCAACCCCCGGCACGGAAAUCACCGUCUCCAGAUGCGCUUCCUAUGGAGACGUGUUCAGAGAUCUCCGUAUAGACGAAACGACUGCGGUCAACAUUCUCUCCGGGACACUGCGUCUCCAAGGAGCAGCCAUGUUCCUCCGAGACUUCGAAGUUGGCGGAAUGGUGCGCGCUGCCAUCAUCCAUCGACUCUCUACAGUGCAGCAGACCCUCACCAGCCUAGGCGACACCUUCAAAUCAGCUGGCGAUUUGGCCCCCUUGAAGACGGAAGACUGCACUCACGUCGUGAUCGGCAUCAAAUGGGGCCUGCAGACUGUUGUGGCCGCCAGCUGCCCCACGCCAGGCAGAACAAGUUCUCUUAAAGCUGAAGAGGCGACCUUUGAACGGGAUCUGGAGGUUUUGCUGACUGCCAUUGAGUCCGCCUCCUUUACGCCGCAGACGGCCUCUCCCAGGCUGAGCUCUCAACUGGAGCUCUGCAAUGAGUUCACCAUCUACAGCGAUGCUUUUGAACAGGAGGGUCUACCGAUGCAAAGCGUAUCCGAAGUAUGCGACUUCAUCCGCAUCGUACCCGACCAUCUUCGGCAAGCAAACAGCGGCAAGGGGUUCCCAGUCGCAUAUACGUUGAUGCCCGUCACGACGCUCAAAUACAUCAUGCCUCUGCCGCGCGAGCUUCCGUACAACUCAACGUUCAUCAGGCCCGAUUAUCUGGCCAACUUCAUCCAUGUCUUCGACGAUAUCGUAGCUUCCGCAGGCAGGCUUCGCAAGUAUCACAACUACUUGGCUGGCCACAUCAUGUAUGUCUCCAAAAGUCACGUUGAUGAGGUUUUGGCCUCGAUUGUUCUCCUGGAGGAGGGCAAGAGCCGGCUCACCGAGCAACUGUUCAACUGCUUGUCGGACGUGCGCCAUGGCAGGCAGGAUCCCUCAGUUCUCUUCGACCUUCAUCGUCAUGCGGCCCUCAGCGAGCCCACACCAAGGCAGCUCUCUGACCUUGUCGGACAGGAGACCGAGAAGCUCGACUUCAUUGCAAGUGUCAUCUCUCAGGGGGCCAACUACAUAGGCCACAACGGACUUUCUCUCGAAAGGGUCCAAAAGGCCUACAAGGACGCUCAAUUCUACGUCUUUCAUUUUGAUUCCGCCUCUAUGAAAGGCGAUCAAUACUGGAGUGACAACCUGGCCUUGUUGCUCGAACUCGUCGGACAGCGAGAUGAGCGCCUACCCGUCUUCAUCAUGGACCACGACGCGAUAGGCUCCGACGCCUGUGUUGGCAAUUCACGUAUUGCACAGUACAAGGGCGGCGAAGUAUGCACAAUCGAUAUGUUGGAGUAUCGCCAGUUUGUCUCCUCGAAAUGCUUUGCUCGAUGCUCCGGCGCAACACUUGAUACGAGCAGGUGUCAAAGACCUGUCAAAAGACGCUUUGUCAAAGUUCCCUGCCCGAGUCCUGGGUGUGAUUCCGGCCAUUCUCAUCAGUGGACUUGUCCGAAGUGCUUUGCAACCAUCGAGUAUGGCUUCAGCGACGACUUCUUCUACUGCGAGUGCGGCCGCGGACUCUUUAGUGACUACGAGUUCAAGUGCAACGAUGCAAAGCACGACGCUGGCUUCAAGACGUAUGAUGUGGAACAGCUUCGAAAACUGCUGGGCAAGUUGGAUCAAGAUGACUACAUCAACAUCCUCAUUCUGGGAGAGACCGGAGUGGGCAAGUCGACCUUCAUCAAUGCCUUUGUCAACUACCUGUCUUAUUCCACGCUGGACGAGGCCAAGGAUGCCGACUCGCUCGCUUCUGUCAUUCCUUGCUCGUUCUCUCUUCAGACGAUGGACAGGGAAAACCCGGAGUUGGGCAUUCAAGAAUUCAACGUCAAAGUUGGUGGACGUGACGAUGAGGCUGACGGAUCGACGGGAAACUCGGCAACCCAGAAGUCGGCCGUGUAUCCCGUCAUGAUCGGGGCAAAGGCGUAUCGCCUGAUUGACACUCCUGGCAUUGGAGACACCAGAGGCUUGUCUUACGACAAGGAGAACAUGGCCGAUAUUCUCAAGACCAUCAGCUCUUAUGACAAGCUGCACGGCAUCCUGGUGCUUGUCAAGUCGAACAAUGCACGCCUAACCGUCUUGUUCAAAUUCUGCCUCAAGGAGCUCCUCACGCAUCUACACCGGAGUGCUACCAAGAACAUGGCUUUUGGCUUCACCAACACUCGCAUCUCCAAUUAUGCCCCUGGCGAUACGUUCAAGCCGCUCAAGGCUCUCCUUGACGAGCAGUCGGAUAUUCCCAUCUCUCUCUCGACGGCUACAACCUACUGUUUUGACUCGGAAAGCUUCCGCUACCUUGCUGCUUAUAAGCAGGGCAUACCCAUGGACAACGAGGAAGAGUUUCGUCGAAGCUGGGACCACUCAAGCAAGGAGGCCCAUAGACUCCUCAACUACUUUGCGUCUACUCAGCCACACCCUGUCACCAGCACACUGAGCCUGAACGGGGCACGAAAGGUGAUCCUCGAGCUGACAAAGCCCAUGGCCAGCAUCUCGGACUCGAUCAAGAAGAACAUCAAGUUGUGCGAAGACAAGAAGAUGGAGCUGAGUGAUACACAGUUAACAGCAACCAAGCUUCGCAGGAGGCUGCGUCUGGAGAGAAUCCAGUUCAAGGCCGUCAAGCUGGACAGGCCUCGUACGGUCUGCAAAAACCCCGACUGUUGCGAUUUCAAAGACAGCGGUCUUGAUGAUGGAGUUGUCGUCACCAUAUACAAGACGCACUGCCACGCUGAGUGCUAUCUUAGCAAUGUCACCCAAGAUGUCGUUGCUGAUCCCGGCCUCAUCAACUGCUGGGCAUUCAACGGCACGAGUAAUUGUCAAGUUUGCCAACACCGAUGGCAAGAGCACUUGCACGUCCUCUACGAGCUCUUCGAGACCAAGGUCCAGGUUACAGACAAAGAGAUAGAGAGGCAGCUCAAGGCCAACGCGGACGACGUAACCCUGCGCCAACUGGCGAUUACUACACUUGACCGAGACAUUGCAGAGUUCAACACAGAGUUGGAUGAAAUCCGUCGUGCGUCUGCCCGAUUCUGUCUGUUCUUGAGAGCAAACGCCAUCACCGUCAUCAACGACGCCACGCUGGACUACCUGGACAUGCUCAUUCAGGACGAGCAGGGCACUAUUGAGGCCGGCAGACAAAGAGGAUUCUGCGUUGACGCCAACAAGAAGCGUCUUCAAGCGCUCAGAGAGGAUAGAAAGAUCCAUCUGGAGCUCGUGGAAACCUUCAAGCAAAACAUGGCUCAUCCGACCUGUCCCGAGGACAUGCUGCUCGACGAGCAAGGAGUCGACGCCCUCGUCAAGAAACUGUACAAUCUGAAGCAUUUCGGCGCCAACUUGAGGCACAUCAAGUAUGUCAUUGACUCCUCCAUCGAAGACACGUACCGUGAGCGGCCUUAUCGCGUGCCCACUUUCAACUUUCGCAAGCAAGUCGCAAGU